AUCACUAAUAUUCGUAACACAGAUAUCAAAUUAGGAAAUUGAUAAUGAGUUCCUCCUACACUCGUAACGCACAAAAUAUGUAAAAUCGUCAGUUUCAUCUCGCUUUUUCAAGCGAAUCAACUAUGGAAAGUUCUUUUAUCUUAUGUCUCAUUAUUUCAUUCAAUUGUUUUUUUUUGUCCGUGUGUCGUGAUGAUCGUGUUUUGUAUCCAAAUUUUCAAGUAUCAUUAAGCCAAUUUCGAAAAAAUUGCAAACGAAAAGGAUUAAUGCCAACAAUAUUAAAUAUUCAAGAAGAUUAUGCAAUUGUUUUUAAUCAAAUAUCGGAAGAUUUACUUUUGAAAAUUUACUACAAAGAAACAAACGAAACUGUUAUAAGCAACGCUAUUGAACAUUUUUGCAACAAUAAUACAAAUUUAAAUAGUUUAUUGUACAAUGCAGCUGAUAAAAUGCUUGGAUGUUUGGACAAUUCUGAGAAUGUUGAUACAAAUAGUUUAAAGCAAAUGAUGCUGACUAAAAUUUGUAAUGAGCAGGCAAUACGAUUGUUCUAUAAUAUGGGCUUUUAUUAUAAUAAGAUGAAAACUUGCUUCUGGGAGGUGGGAAAAAAUAUUUCAAAAUGCUUUAUUGAACAGUGUAAUCGUCGUUUAUGGCGAGUUGCAGAAAAUUGUGAAUGCGUUGGUGCAAAUUGUUCUCUAUGCAAUGAAAACUGUUAUGAUCCUUUUUACAAUAAUAUUCUUUUCUACGCUCCAAUCAACUUCAGUCAAAAAGAAUGCGAGGAUUUAUAUAGAAGGGUCACUUGUCAACUUGAUGUCGUGAAACAUUGUGCAACUUCGGUGGUGAAACUAUCGUAUGAAAUGAUUUACACUUUAGAAAGGGUACCACAAUGUAUAUCCAAAGUUCCAGAUUGGCGAUAGAUUAAAUUUUUUUUAAUGAAAUGUGUCAUAUAAAGUAUUAUUUUUAAUAAAAUUGGAUAUAAA